UCCUAUGUGAAUACGUAAGUCUUAGUGACAGGACAGUGACAACUUUCGGUGAAUAUGUUCACUUUACCGCCACGGCCUCCAAAGGACUACGUUCUGAAAGAGGUUAGCUUGAAUCAAGCGAGUGCUGAGGAGUUCACACCAACUGGACUACCUCGAGCAACGCAGCAAUCCAUAAAGAAGUAUUGCUAUCCCGUUCCGGCGGACGACAAUGAGCCGACCGAUGUAACCCAAAUCGAGAAACUGAACGACCAAAUUCUUAACAAAUGGACCAAGGAUGCCAAGGCCGAUUGGGUUGACAAACCGGGUCAGAACGCCUUUCUGGUAACAGAAAUGUAUAAGAAGUACAGCGUUAACGUCGAACCCAGCUACGACGUUCGCUACCAGCACAGGCCGCGAAUAUUACAGCGCUCCUACAAAUACGAGUUCGAUUGCAUGGAAAAGGCGCGCUGGCAAAAGUUAGCUGAUAAAGUUAAAGAAGAGGAAGAAGAAGAGCGGCGGUUCCUAACUGCCCACUCGGCUGAGCGCAAAAAAGCAGACCUAGAGACAGUUUCGUGUCAAAUUCCACCCCCGUUUUGGUGGAAGGUAUCAGAACUGCCGUCAUCGUUGUCACCAGUAGAGGUGAAGCCGGAGAAAUCCGUCUACCAGACUUCCUACUUGCGAUGGCAGCCGAUACCCAAGCUGUUCGAUGAAGCGGAGAACGAUCCCUGUAGGAAAAGGGAAAUCCUCGCUCAGUUCAGGCUACCGUUCAAGAACGAAGCGGCGAAUUGGUAUUACAAAAACUACCCUCCUCCAAAUAUCAAAUUCCGCCCCGAAAAGUUUUCGCAAUAGUUGGCCGGACAAUUUGUUUCUCUCUUAUGUCACUCGAACAAA